UAUCCAUACUACUUUAUAGGCCCUUUUCACAUUUCCGGGUUUGGAAUGCGGAAGUAAAAAAUAGCAGGGUAAACAGUGCAGCUUAGCCGUACCGGUAAAAUGGAGCAGCAUAGCAAGUGCUACUGUAGCGUACCUUUUUGCUCUAAGAAUAAAAGAAAACAUCCACAUUUAAGUUUUCACGACUUCCCCAAAAAUGUACAUUUACGCCUUAAAUGGAUUACUGCAAUUAGGAGAGAAGAAGGUGCCAAAUUUACUAUUCUGCGUGGCAGUACGUAUGUGUGUAGCCUGCACUUCAAGCCUGAGGAGGUGUAUGUGAAAGAGGGAGGGAGCAGAGUUAGACUUAGGAAGGGAUCGGUUCCAUCGCGAUUUGCCUGGAAUGAUUUUGGGAGUCGGAAGGAUCGUCAGGCACCAUACAAGAGGGCAAGUACUCGCCUCGGUUUUAACAUUGAAGCCGCAACGGGAGAGAGAGACGAGCAGGAACCGGGAGCGAUGCUAAAUGAGCCCAUGGCUUAUGUUAUGGAGCACGAUUACUGCCAUCCACCAUCUCCUGGUGCAGUGGAUGCUGCAUCUGCGAGGAUAAAGGAGCUGGAGCACAAGGUGAUGGAGCUGGAGAAUGAAAUAAAGCAGAUUAGGCUUCUGACAGACCAACCUAAGCUGAAUAAUUUCUGCUCAACUGAUGAAGAAUUCCGCUUCUUCACAAGAUUCCCCUCUGAGAAAGUCUUCAUGUUGUUCUGGGAGUCUGUUGCACCAUCAGCUUCUAGGAUCAUUUACUGGACCAAGGCACAGAGGGAGGCUUAUGGAACACCCAGUCCUCAUCGCAAACUGCCCCUCAUCGAUGAAUGUUUCCUUUUUCUUUGCCGCAUUGCUGCUGGACUCAAGGAACAAGCUUUGGCGUCAAUUUUUAAGGUCAGUUUGUCCACUGUUAGUCGCAUCAUCAUAACAUGGACCAGUUACUUAUACCUGGUUUUGGGUUCUCAACCUUCAUGGAUGACUCGACAGCAAGUGCAAGCUACCAUGUCUGAAAAAUUCCGCCAGUACUGCCCAGAGGUCCGUGUGCUGAUUGACUGUACAGAGGUCCGCUGUGAGACAGCAACAUCACUCACCCUACAGUCUGAAAGUUUCUCAAAUUACAAAAAUCACACAACUUUCAAAGCACUGGUUGGUGUUGCUCCCUGUGGUGUCAUCACAUUUGUUUCCAAGCUUUACACAGGCUCCAUCUCAGAUCAGGAAAUAACUCGGAGGUCUAACUUCGCCAGGCUACUGCAACCAGGAGAUGGAGUGAUGGCUGAUAAGGGCUUUCAGAUUGAAAGGAUGUUGGCAGAAGUAGGUGCAACCCUGAUCAUCCCCCCCUUCAAGAAGUCUGCUCAGUUCACCAAAGAAGAUGCUGAGAAGACACAAGCAAUAGCACGUCUAAGAGUGCUGGUGGAAAGGGCAAUCCGCAGAGUGAAGGAGUACCACAUCUGGGACGGGGUUGUUCCACUUUCCCUCACGGGCUCGGUCAAUCAACUUUGGACCAUCUGUUGCUUGAUGUCGAACUAUCAGGGUCCCCUGGACAUCAAGGAGGAUAAACCUGUUUGAACGUGCAUAGUUUUAGUAAUGGUAACAUAUACAGUUAGGAAAAUAAGUAUUUGAUACUUGAUGCCGAUGAUACACUUCAACUGUGAGAGACAGAAUCUAAAAAAAUCCAGAUAAUCACAUUGUGUGAUUUUUAAAUAAUUAAUUUGCAUUUUAUUGCAUGAAAUAAGUAUUUGAUCACCUACCAACCAGCAAGAAUUCUGGCUCUCACAGACCUGUUAGUUUUUCUUUAAGAAGCUCCUCCUAUUCUGCACUCAUUACCUGUAUUUAUUGCACCUGUUUGAACUCUGUCUCACUUCACAGUUGAAGUGUACCUACGAUACAAUUACAGGCCUCUCCAUUCUUUGUAGGUGGGAAAACUUGCAAAAUCGGCAGUGUAUCAAAUACUUAUUUUCCUCACUGCAAGUGCAAUAACGGCCAUUUUCAGGUUCUAGAAUAUUUCAGUUCAGAUUCAUGUAUUUUUUCUAAUUUACUUUGUACAAAACUCUGCUUACAUGCUUAAACCUUUUCAUCACUUUUCUCAACCACUCUCCCUCAAGCAAAUAUGGUUUCUCUUUAGUUGUUCAGGUGUUACGGUUAUUGUCUAGAGCAGGGGUGUCAAACUCACGGCCCGCUGGCCAGAUCCGGCCCGCCACGUCAUUUUAUGUGGCCCGCGAGAGCUUAAACGACUGUACGAUUGUUGUUUUGGUUCGAGUCGUUACAGAGACGCGCUUAUAAUUUAAUGGGAGUCCUGCGCCUUUAAGUACAACUGGCGACAUCGUAGUCAUGGCAACUAACUUUGACCUCGCUGAGUAGCCAUGUGACUUUUACUGCAAAAGAACGCGAAGUAGCGUAGUCAAUAACGUAAACAAUAAUAAAUAAAUACAGAUAAUUAUCUUGCAGUAUAAUACCAAAGCAUCGUCUGUAAGUAGUGGCGUUUAUAUUCUCGGUUGUUAGUAAAUGUUUAGUGAGUAUAUCACAGCGCUUUAGUUACAAAUUUACCAUAAUUAAAUACAAUUGUUACUGUUACUAUAGCAAUUAGUAUCUUUACAUUAAAUGCUAACUCGUUAGCGUUAUUUUACGUUUGGUUAAAUCUCAUAUUGUACCAGAUGUAACACUUGACUACAGCUGUGUGCUUUUACUGUAUUAGGUUCUUUAUAGUUUUUAUUGUUUGUAUUUUUACUUCAUUUUGAUGCACACAGUGUAUCACACAGCUGGCGAGCAAAUAAACCGACUGUAUUCUGAAGAGAUCUUUCUGUCUGUCUGUCUGUCUGGCUGAGAAAGGGGGAUAAACUAUUAGUGAGGGCAGAAUGAUUGUCUUAAAAAUACGCUGUAAAAUCCUAAAUAAACUGCAUCUUUCAAAAUGCAGGCUGAUUUUGUGACCUGCAAAGUGACACAUCCCGCCAGUAGAUGAUGUUACACAUAUUUACACAUGAUCCUAAAAUGUACAAGAAGAUAAUUAAGAAAAUUAAACAUAAGGAGGAAAUUUAAUGAAAGUGAAAACAAGUUUGUGCUUCAGGAAGAGAAACCGGUGCAUCUCUUGUGUUAUGAGGCUGUGUCUGUGGUAAAGUAGGACAAUAUAAAUGCAGAAUUUAGCCUCCAAGACAAACAACAGACUGCAAUCACAGCAGGAUACGUUACAAUCGGCCCUUUGAGGGCCACAAUAAUGCUGAUGUGGCCCUCGGUAAAAAUGAGUUCGACACCCCUGGUCUAGAGGAUGUUUUUGUAUGUUGAUGUUGCUUCUGUUGAAACAACACUGGAUAUGGAAAAAUGUUUCAUGAAUU